ACUAAUGUCUUUGGACCGAGUCGAUAAAAACUGGCUGUUUCGUGGCCAGUUUAUGGCGCGUCCCCACAUCGAACCCUUAAACCCUCUUCUCCAUCUUUCGUCCCAAAAGCUCACCCUCGGUUGCCCCCUCCUCGACCACCGCCUUCGCGGCGGCCUCCCGGUUGGCUCCGUCACCGAGAUCGCUGGCGAGAGCGCCUCCGGAAAGACCCAGAUCUGCCUCCAGAUCCUCCUUUCCGCCCUGCUCCCCCCUUCCCGCGGCGGCCUCUCCGCCGCCUCCCUCUUCAUCCACUCCGAGUUCCCCUUUCCUCUUCGACGCCUCCGAGCUCUCUCCUCGUCCUCCUCGUUGUCCGACCCACUCGACCACAUCUUCGUCGCCGCCGCCCACUCCCCCCAUGACCUUCUCUCCCUCCUCGCCGCAGCGGAAUCUCUCGUCGCCCGUCCACCUACCCGCCUCCCUAUAAGACUCAUUGUAAUUGACUCCAUCGCCGCAUUAUUCCGCUCCGACUUUGAUAACACCCCGAGUGACCUAAAGAAACGAUCUUUUCUCUUCUUCAAGAUCGCCGCCAAGCUCAAGGAGCAGGCGAGGCGAUUUGGGUUGGUCGUGGUGGUGACCAAUCAGGUUGUCGAUGUUGUGGGCUCGGAGGACGGGCCCGGCAGGCUGAGGGUGGGCAACUACGCUUAUCUGUGUUCCUCCGGUCGGCAGGUUUGUCCGGCGUUGGGUAUCUCGUGGGCGAACUGCGUUAAUACUAGACUUUUCUUAUCGAGGAAAGACAUGAUUGUUGAAAACAAUGCUUCCUCGAGAACGACGAGGAGGAUGCAGGUGGUUUUUGCGCCGCACUUGCCUGAGGCUUCUUGCGAGUUUGUGAUCGUCAGGGAUGGGGUGUUUGGUGUCGACCUGUAAAGAAUGAAUCAGCAGAUAAGGAAAGGCGGUUUGAAGCCACAACAUCACCAUGAAGAUGUUGAUAAGGAGGCCAACAAUGGGACAUGGCCCAACGAGGUGAUUGCUUGAAGCUAUAUGCAAAUUGAGUCCCAGUGAAAGCUGGUUUAGUUUGUUUCCAGAAGGAUGGUGUUUAAGGACAUAAUUCAAACUUAAUAUAUAGAUAAGCUCAAUUUUGGAGUUAACACUAACUGAUAGUGCAUGUGUCAGAUUCCAAAGUGCAAUUUGCAUCACGUUUUAACUAAACUGAUUCAACUAGGAAGAUGAUAGCAGCAUUGAAAUGAUUGUUU